GCGCACCGUCACUGCGCAGGCGUCACCGCCCCUCUCAGCUCUGCUUCUGCGGGUCCCGGGGCAUCCGCGGCCGUUGGGUCUUAUGUCGCGCCGGGCCCUCCGCCGGCUGAGGGGGGAACAGCGCGGCCAGGAGCCCCUGGGGCCCGGUGCCCUGCACUUCAUUCUCCGCGAUGACGACGAUGCGGAAGAAGGCCCCAAACGGGAGCCAGCUGGCAGGCGCCCCCGAGCCGCAGGGAAGGAAGGCGUCCGUGUCAACAACCGCUUCGAGCUGAUAAACAUUGAGGACCUGGAGGAGGGGCCUGUGGUGAAUGGAGAAAGGUCUGAUGGCCAGCUCACAGACAGUGUGGUGUUGGGCAACAAGAGGAGGUCUCAGAGUGGAAGUGUAGAGCCUAAGAAAGAUGGAGAAACAACUGGCAAGACCUCAUCCCCUGAGCAGUCUAAUACAAGUGGCAAACUCCGAAAGAAGAAAAAGAAGCAGAAGAACAAGAAAAACUCUACAGGUGAAAGCUCGGAAAACGGACUGGAAGACAUCGAUCGCAUCUUGGAGCGGAUUGAGGACAACAGUGGCCUCACCCGUCCAGGCCCACCACCUCUGAGCUCCAAGAAACAUGUCCUGUAUGUGGAGCACAGACACUUGAAUCCAGACACAGAACUGAAGAGGUAUUUCGGUGCUCGAGCAGUCCUGGGGGAACAAAGGCCACGGCAGAGACAGCGCAUAUAUCCCAAGUGUACGUGGCUGACAACCCCUAAGAGUACUUGGCCCCGGUACACCAAACCAGGUCUGUCUAUGCGGCUGCUGGAAUCCCGGAAAGGCCUGUCCUGGUUUGCAUUUGAGCAUAGCGAGGAGUACCAGCACACACAGCACAAGUUCCUGGCUGCUGUGGAGUCCAUGGAGCCCAACAACAUUGUGGUUCUACUGCAGACCAGCCCCUAUCACGUGGACUCGCUCCUACAGCUCAGCGACGCCUGCCGCUUUCAGGAAGAUCAAGAAAUGGCCCGGGACCUUGUGGAGAGAGCUCUGUACAGCAUGGAGUGUGCCUUCCACCCUCUCUUCAGCCUCACCAGUGGAAUUUGCCGGCUGGAUUACCGCAGACCUGAGAACAGGAGCUUCUACCUGGCCCUCUACAAGCAAAUGAGCUUCCUGGAGAAGCGUGGCUGCCCCCGCACUGCGCUGGAGUACUGCAAGCUCAUCCUGAGCCUGGAGCCAGAUGAAGACCCCCUGUGCAUGCUGUUACUUGUGGACCACCUGGCCUUGCGGGCACGGAACUAUGAGUACUUGAUCCGCCUCUUCCAGGAGUGGGAGGCUCAUCGGAACCUGUCCCAACUCCCGAAUUUUGCCUUCUCUGUGCCAUUGGCAUAUUUCCUGUUGAGUCAACAAGCAGACCUUCCUGAGCAGGAGCUCAGCUCUGCAAGGGACAAAGCCUCCCUCCUGAUCCAACAGGCACUCAUCAUGUUCCCUGGAGUGCUAAUCCCGCUGCUCGAGUACUGCAGUGUGCGGCCUGAUGCAGCCGUUGCCAACCACCGCUUCUUUGGCCCUGACGCUGAGAUAAGCCAGCCCCCUGCCCUGAGCCAGCUGGUGAGCCUGUAUCUUGGGAGGUCACACUUCCUCUGGAAAGAGCCUGCCACCAUGAACUGGCUGGAGGAGAAUGUCCGUGAGGUUCUGCGAACAGUGGAUGCAGGGGACCCUGCUGUAGAAGCCUGUGAGAACAGGCGGAAGGUGCUCUACCAGCGUGCACCCAGAAAUAUCCACCGCCAUGUGGUCCUCUCUGAGAUUAAGGAAGCAGUGGCUGCUCUGCCCCCGGAUGUGACUACGCAGUCUGUGAUGGGAUUUGACCCUCUGCCUCCUCUGGAUACCAUCUACUCCUACGUCAGGCCAGAGAGACUAAGUCCUGUCAACCAUGGAAACACUAUCGCCCUCUUCUUUCGGUCUCUGUUGCCAAAUUACACUGCAGAGGGGGAGAGGCUGGAGGAUGGAGGAGCUGGGGGUCUGAACCCAAACCAAGGCUUGAAUAGGCUGAUGCUGGCUGUGCGGGAUAUGAUGGCCAACUUCCACUUCCAGGACCCUGAGCUGCCUCGUGAGGACCACCCUGAGGGAGACCACCCUGAAGGGGACGGGGAGUGGGACUGAGGGAUGGAACCCCACCCUGUGUAAUUAUGUUCCUGAUUACUGUUCUGGUCAGAAUUGGCCAGUUCCCUGCAGUAGAGAUGCUGACUCUGUUAUUGGCUUGUUUCUCAUAUAAACGUGAUGGGUCACACUCUGA